AGACGCCGCCGACAGGGCACGAACGCAGAAACUGACUCUCGGGGCAUUGUCGCCGGCAUCACCCCAGGCAGAGUUUCGCACGAGAAACUCCAAAUAGACUUCCGGCCUUGCUAUGCCUGCACCCUGGCUCAAUCUUUGCCAUUGCUCCCCCCCCCUGCCCACUCGUUGCCCACUCCUUGCCCACUCCUUGCCCACUCCCAAGGAAAAGGAGCUUUCCAGAUCACGACACGAUGUGCGGAUGGAGCCCUUCCCGGCAUUGUGUUCGGCUCUGUCCACAGCCACUGCCAUUGGUCUGCCACUGAUCCAUCACUGCUUGCUUGCCGUUAUUUGCGGCUUGGAUGAUGUCUGUCAUUAUGGAGUCCCUGACGUCUGGCUGCUCCUUUGGUCCUGCCUGGGCGAUGGAUUCCCGAUAUAUAACGGCACUGCAGCUUCAUGAGGCAUGAAAUUCUCCGACCUAUCUGCUUCAUCAUCAUCAUCAGACAUUCCCGUCUUCUUGUCUCUUCUAGACCAGGCACUCCUCUCUUAUCCUUCUUACUCUUAUAAUACUCUUCUCUCCUGUCAUCACCCCUCCUCUUUGAGGCACACAUACAUAUCAUGGCAUAUGCCCGAUCGAACCUUCCCGCGUCCUUCGCGCUUGCAGACCAGUACAUGAAUCCCACCACCACUGCCACGCCAGAGGGUCGUCCCAUCGAAGCUUCUUCAUAUCCCGUCACCUCCAAGGGUCCCGACCCUCUAUCGGACGACUGGUCCUACGACAGCGCGAUCGACCUGUUCAGCAUGAACCCCAUGGUGCCGCCCGACACCUUCGCGUUGGAUGUCCCCGACGACAUGAUGAACCUCGAAUCCAAGGACUACUCCAAUGUCGACUCCUUCGGCCAGCCCGCCGGUAUCAGUGGCUUUGCCAUCACAGAUCAUUCUGCCGAGGAUGCCAUCUCCAGCGGCUCCAUGUCUUCAGACCACGAGAGUGACGACCAAGCAUGGUCCCCCACAUACCACAUGAUCUCCCCUCUCGACUCCCCUAUCGCCGACAACAUGCUCUCCAAAGUCCAGACAUGGACCCCCAGCACCCAGACACAGGAAGCACGCCGCCGCAUGGCUGCUUCCGCCGCAACACAACCAGUCCCCAAACAUCAUCGCUGGUCAUCGAGCCCAGACCUCAUGCCACAGAUGGCAGCCGUCGCGGCCGCCCAGGCCAACGCCAACCCCGCACCAGACACUGGCCGCAAGGUCUCCCGCACACCAUCGGACGCCAGCCCGCAGAACACCAGCCCCAACUCGCGCAACGCCGCCAAGAGGGCAGCGCACAACAUCAUCGAGAAGCGAUAUCGCACCAACAUGAACGCCAAGUUCGUCGCCCUGGAAAAGGCCAUGUCUAACAACGGUGUGGCCAAGACAUCCAAGGGUGGAUCCGCCUCGUUGAAGAAAUCGGAAAUCCUUACCAACGCCAUUGCCUACAUCCAAGAGCUACAAGAGGAGAAUCGGGCCGCUCAGAAAGAACUAGCACUUCUGAAGCAGAACCUUCUCCCAGGUGGCAUCUGGAGGCACACCGCCGGCAAGAGAACCUGAAGAAACCAAAAAAAGGAGAAAAAAAAAUUUACAAAAAAAAAAAAGUGGUAAUAUUAAUAAUACCGAAAAAAAGGUAGACACAGACAGAUCCUUUGAUUCUGGAUCGAGUCAGGCUUGUGACGAAUUUUCUUUGUGAAACCUUUCCUUUGUGGACAAUGUACUCUUCUCCUGUUCCUACUCGGAUGAUCAUGUCGAUAUCCAUGACAGUUAUGUUUAUACUGUAAAAUAUACAGUGAUCCACUUAUGUCGAAUAAUGAUAAUGCCGUUGAUCGG